GGAUCUCGGUGAAAGCUGAGGCAACGGCGACAACGGCAGAACCCCGCGGUCCGGAGCCUGAGCCUAUGGAGGUGGAAGAAGGCGAGCUGGAGACCAUCCCCGUGAGACGAUCGCUCCGAGAGCUCAUCCCGGUGAGGGACGGGCAGGGGGAGCGAAGGAGGGACCGGCACCUGAGGGGGGGCAGGGACACUAGUAGGAGAUAUGAAAACAAAGCUGGAAGUUUCAUUACUGGAAUAGAUGUAACAUCCAAGGAAGCAAUUGAGAAAAAGGAACAAAGAGCAAAACGCUUCCAUUUUCGGGCUGAAGUCAAUCUUGCCCAAAGGAAUGUAGCUCUGGAUCGAGACAUGAUGAAGAAAGCAAUUCCUAAAGUGAGACUGGACACAAUUUACAUUUGUGGUGUGGAUGAAAUGAGUACACAGGACAUCUUUGCCUAUUUCAAAGAAUAUCCUCCUGCUCACAUUGAGUGGUUAGAUGAUACUUCAUGCAAUGUGGUCUGGCUUGAUGAAGUAACAGCAACACGGGCUCUAAUAAACAUGAGUUCCUUUCCUGAUCAAGAGAAACCAAAAGGCAGAGAAAACAAUGAAGAGAAGACAGCUGAAAAAACCAAGAAAGAAAAACAGGAGGAAAGUACUGAUGAUGAGACAGAAGAAGGAGAGGUUGAGGAUGAAAAUCCAAGUGACAUUGAGUUGGAUGCCCUCACCCAGGUAGAAGAGGAUUCUCUCCUGCGUAAUGAUCUUCGCCCUGCCAAUAAACUGGCUAAAGGAAACAAGCUAUUCAUGAGAUUUGCUACUAAAGAUGACAAAAAAGAACUGGGAGCUGCAAGGAGAAGCCAGUAUUACAUGAAGUAUGGCAAUCCCAAUUAUGGAGGCAUGAAGGGGAUUCUUAGUAACUCUUGGAAACGGAGAUACCAUUCACGUCGAAUCCAUCGGGAUGUGAUAAAGAAAAGGACAUUUAUUGGGGACGAUGUUGGCCUGACUCCUCCUUACAAACAUCGGCAUUCGGGCUUGGUAAAUGUUCCUGAGGAGCCUAUUGAGGAGGAAGAGGAGGAGGAAGAAGUUCAGGAUAUGGAUGAAGACGACAGAGUUGUUGUAGAGUACCGUGAUGAUUUACAACCUUUCAAACAGUCCCGAGACCGCGGUACGGCGAGACGAUCAAGUGCCAGUGGGUCUGAUUCUGAUGAAAUGGACUAUGAUCUUGAACUGAAAAUGAUAUCGACCCCCUCUCCCAAAAAGAGCAUGAAAAUGACAAUGUAUGCAGAUGAAGUGGAAUCGCAACUGAAAAAUAUUAGGAAUUCCAUGCGAGCAGAUAGCAUAGCAACCAGUAAUGUGAAAAACAGGAUUGGCAGUAAAGGAUUAUCAGACAAGGUUGUAGAUGUACGACUACUGUUAGAAGAAAAACGUCAGAAUAACAAUGGGCUGCGCCAGCCAAACAGCACUGUAAAAUCAGAUGUGCGGCAAAGACUGGGAAAAAGACCACAUUCCCCAGAAGUUAAGCCUCCAAGCAGCAUCUCUGCUCCUCGUCGAGAGCCAAUAUCGGACGUACACAGCCGGUUAGGAAUCCCAAAGCAGGAUGUAAAAGGCCUCUACUCUGAUACCAGAGAGAAGAAAUCAGGUAAUUUAUGGACCCGAUUAGGGUCUGCUCCGAAGACACAAGAAAAGACUUCAGAUAAACCUGAAAACUCCGUGGCAUCUCCAGAGGAAGAUGAUUCAGAGCUCCAACGGGUUUGGGGUGCUCUCAUUAAGGAAAAAGAGGAGUCUCGGCAAAAAAAGAGUCGAUUGGAUAAUUUACCAUCUCUACAAAUUGAAAUCAGCCGAGAAAGCAGUUCUGGAUCAGAUACUGAAUCAUGAUUUUACACUUUGAUCCUCAAGAUCGUGACUCUGCAGUGUGGCAACAUUUCCUUUGCCCAAAAGCUGAACACUGGCAAAGACUCUGCAGUGAAGGUUCCAGAAAUGUCUCAGUUCCUUUUAUACGAAAAUAGAGAUGCAUAUGCCACUUGAAACCUAAAGCAAUCAUGUUUGUCUGGAGUCUGUGGUUGGCCCUGUGUUAUGGAGGGCGUUGUCUUAUAUGUUAAUUACAGCAAACCUGUAGUUAAUUCUAGCCAAACACUUUUCCCUAACCUCUGAAUUUAAAAGAAGAGGGAAAAAUACUCUGUAUUUUUAAGAAGAUCUUUUUGUUCUUAAUAUUUUUAACAUGGAAUCUUUUAAGAAAAUAUUUUACACAGUUCAUCCAAAGAACAGGGCAUUUCACAGUCAGCACCAUUGCCUUGCCCUUCUGGCACUUACCAGCACCUUUCUUCUUAAAGUAAUAACAAUAAUGCUUCCUGGGUAAGCAGCCAGCAAGGAGAAACAUGAAGGGACUGCCACGUUCCCUUCCUCCAAAAUAAUGAAUGUAAAUCCAAUGUUGUAGUAUAGUGAGGUUUCAUGCAGUAUCCAUAUGGCAUCACUGCUCUCCAGGAAUUCAUUUAUUUGUUUUGGUGAUACUGUGUUCUGCUGUAGCAAGGAUUGCAGUGUUUCAGACUGCAAAGUUGGUUGAGAGAAUUGUGCAAAUUCCUGAAGGUUUUUUAUUCUUUUUUUUUUUUCUAGUUACAUACUGAGAAACUAUAUUUCUCUCAUUCAGCUGUAUUAUGUUUUGAAGAAAUCUAACAGUUUAAAUACUUACAUUUUUAUAUUUGUGGAAAUUUCCUGUUGGCCAUGGUGAAAAAAACUAUAGUGACGUUUUCCUAUGUGCUGUUUAACUAUACAUAUAUAUAACUGAAAGAGAAAAGGAAAACUAUAGGAUCACUGUCCCAUGUCAAUAUUUUUGAGUGUUCUUGUAUAGUACAUGUGGAUGUGCACAUGGUUGACCUGUUACAUUCAGCUUUUUUUAUUUACCUGCCUAUCCACUCUACAUAAAAGUUUGAUCAGAGUGCAGCUGCAAUUUUUUCUUCUUGUUGCCUGUGGCAUAUAUCUUGAUUGCCAAUAAUUCUAAAUGAGAAUUAAUGAUAGCACGUCGUGUUCUGCUGAACAGAACAGGUCGCAAAAAACAUUGUCUGCUAUGUUUUUGACAGUCUGAAGAUACCUGCUUUGUCUUUAGGAGAGUGUUCAUCCUGGAGAAGAGGACGUUUGGGGGGGGAUUUUAUCAACAUGUGUAUAGAUACCAGAAGGGAGGAUGCGAAGAAGAGGGCUGUGCUGUCUUCAGUGGUACCCAGCGUUAGGAUAAGAGGCAGAAGGCACAAACUGGAACACAAAAGAUUCUGUCUGAACUUCAGGAAGCACUUCUUUGCACUGCGGAUGAUGGAGCGCUGGCUGCGCGGAGAGCUUGUGGAGUUUUGACAUCCUUGAAGAUGUCAGAAGCUGCCUGGAUACGCUCUGGAUGGCCCCGUUCAUGCAGGGGGUUGGCAGGUGACCUCCAGAUGUCCCUUCCAACCUCUCAACCAUUUUGUGAUUCUGUCCCUACUUCCCGGGUUCUGUCAGUCCAAAUUGUCAGUAUCUCUCUCUUCUCCUGUCUGCCUUUUAGCAUUUUUUUUCCUCUUCCUCUCUUUGUUUUGUGUUUUUGUUUAUUUGUGGUUUUUGUUUGGUUGGUUUUCUACUAAGUUGAAGUAGGUUUGAAGUUUCACAAAAGUAAGGAGUCUGCAAUUAACUUUCUUACUGCUUUAAGCAGCAUGUAAAAUGAGAGGUGAAGUGAAAGGUACAGUGAUGAGAAAUGUAAGCCAGGGACAGUCUGGGCUUCACAUCUUUCCUUGUUUUGUGACACCCUGCAGUUUAUAUUUAAUUAUUGAAUAUAUAAAUAUGACUCAUAAAAAAAGUGCUGUUGAGAGUAAACGACUGCAAUGUCUGAUCACUGUAAUAAUUCAUUUCAGUGUGUGCUUUCAUUAAUAUCCCUUCCAAAGCUUUAAAAUAGAAUCACACCUUACCCGUUCCUCAAGACCCUGAUGAAAUUCAUUUAACCAGUCUCUUUUUGCCAGUAAACCUUCGUGUUAUGUUACUGCUUUGAA